AUAUACACCCUCCCUCCUCAUCUGUUAUCCAUUCAUCUCUCACAAACACACUUCCUUUUCUCCUCUCUGCUUUGCUACCUUAGUGCCCUGCACACCUAAAACACACACAAGGCCAAAAUGGCGAGGCCCUCCUCAGGCCCCUCACCUCUCUCUCUCCUCAUCUUCCUCCUCUUCUCUCUCCUGACCCCAACCCUCAUUGCCUCCAGACCACUGCAGCAAAACCCUGAAUUGGUUGUACAAGAUGUACAAAGGAGCAUCAAUGACUCUGUUUCUAGGAGGAACUUGGGCUACUUGUCAUGUGGGACUGGAAACCCCAUUGAUGAUUGCUGGCGAUGUGACCCAAAUUGGGAGGAGAACAGGCAGAGGCUGGCAGAUUGCGCAAUUGGGUUUGGGAAAAAUGCCAUUGGUGGAAGAGAUGGCAAGAUUUACGUGGUCACGGAUUCAGGGGAUGACGACCCUGUAAACCCAAAGCCAGGGACUCUACGACAUGCCGUUAUUCAGGACGAGCCACUGUGGAUCAUCUUCCAGCGUGACAUGACAAUCCAACUGAAGGAAGAGCUGAUCAUGAACUCUUUCAAGACCAUCGACGGUCGAGGAGCCAGCGUGCACAUUGCUGGUGGGCCAUGCAUCACCAUCCAAUAUGUGACCAACAUUAUCGUUCAUGGUCUGCACAUACACGAUUGCAAGCAGGGAGGGAAUGCUAUGGUGCGGUCCUCCCCAGGGCACUAUGGGUGGAGGACUAUAUCCGACGGUGACGGCGUGUCCAUCUUCGGUGGGAGCCACGUGUGGGUGGACCAUUGCUCUUUGUCAAAUUGCAAAGAUGGGUUGAUUGAUGCAAUUCAUGGGUCCACUGCCAUAACAAUUUCCAACAAUUACAUGACUCACCAUGACAAAGUGAUGUUGCUUGGGCAUAGCGAUUCUUAUACCGAAGAUAAGAACAUGCAAGUCACCAUAGCUUUCAAUCACUUUGGAGAAGGGUUGGUCCAGAGAAUGCCAAGAUGUAGGCAUGGAUAUUUCCAUGUGGUGAACAAUGACUACACCCAUUGGGAGAUGUAUGCCAUCGGAGGCAGUGCCAACCCUACAAUCAAUAGCCAAGGGAAUAGAUUUGCGGCACCAGAUAUCAGAUUUAGCAAAGAGGUGACAAAACAUGAGGAUGCACCAGAAAGUGAGUGGAAGAAUUGGAAUUGGAGAUCUGAAGGAGACUUGUUGCUGAAUGGCGCAUUUUUUACAGCAUCAGGAGCUGGAGCUUCCUCAAGCUAUGCAAGGGCUUCAAGCUUGGGGGCAAAGCCAUCUUCCCUAGUGGGUUCAAUAACCACAGCUUCUGGUGCACUUAGCUGCAGAAAGGGUUCUCGUUGCUGAUCACAUUUUUAGAUUGUGACCUAUUGCGAAGGACAUUCUUAAAAAAAAAAUUAUAUAUAUAGGUGUAGGGAAGUGAAAUAUGUGAGGAAAGAAAAAGGCUAUGCAAAAAUGGGUCAAAUAUAUAUGGCUCAAAAAUUCUAUAGGAUCUCUUGCCUUUUUUCUUCCCUCCAAUUCUUCUCCCUUUUUUACCCAAUGUUUUGUACUUUUCCCUUUUUAUUCUUUUCGUUUUUUUAGUCAAUUUUCAUGAUGAUUACAACCUCGGCCAGUUACUCUUAGGCAGCA